UCCGCAUCCUCUGACAUUCAUCUCCAGCUCGCUCUGCGAAUAGCCUCUGAGCUCCGCUACAGUCAGCCAGCCCACCCCACCGCUCAAUUUCAUUUCUGGGAUACGGCGAGGAUUGUAUCUUGUCCUCAAUGCUGGCAAUGGCACUAACCAUCCUGCGAGACUGGUGCGGCCUGAUGGCCAUAAACGCACAGCGCUCCCUGCUCAUCCUGGGCAUCCCAGAUGACUGUGAGGAAGAGGAACUCCAGGAGACUGUGCAGGAUGCACUGAGGCCCCUGGGCGAGUACCGAGUGCUGGGCACGAUCUUCAGAAGGGAGAUCCAAUCCAGGGUCGCCUUGGUUGAGUUUCCUGAGUAUUUAAACCGAAGUUUGAUCCCCCAACAAAUACCAGGCAGGGAGGGACCCUGGACUGUGAUCUUCCUGCCACAGGUUCCUGAUGGUGACUCACAGGAUAGACCAGAUUUCCCUGAACAGCCCCAGGGGGAAGCAGUGGCUGGCAGGGCAGAUGAGGCAAGAGCUGCAGGUGUGGAAGCUGCUGCAGGUGAGGAUAGAGCUGCAGGUGAGGAGGGAGCUGCAGGUGAGGAUAUAGCUUCAGGUGAGAUUAUGGCUGCAUGUGUGGAUGUAGCUGUAGGUGAGGAUGUAGCUAUAGGUGAGGAUAUACCUGCAGGUGAGGAUAUAGCUUCAGGUGAGAUUAUGGCUGCAUGUGUGGAUGUAGCUGUAGGUGAGGAUGUAGCUAUAGGUGAGGAUAUACCUGCAGGUGAGGAUAUAGCUUCAGGUGAGAUUAUGGCUGCACAUGUGGAUGUAGCUGUAGGUGAGGAUGUAGCUAUAGGUGAGGAUAUACCUGCAGGUGAGGAUAUAGCCUCAGGUGAGAUUAUGGCUGCACGUGUGGAUGUAGCUGUAGGUGAGGAUAUACCUGCAGGUGAGGAUAUGGCUGCACGUGUGGAAGAAGCUUCAGGUGAGGCUAUAGCUGUAGGUGAGGAUAUACCUGCAGGUGAGGAUAUAGCUUCAGGUGAGAUUAUGGCUGCACGUGUGGAUGUAGCUGUAGGUGUGGAUGUAGCUGUAGGUGUGGAUGUAGCUGUAGGUGUGGAUGUAGCUGUAGGUGUGGAUGUAGCUGUAGGUGAGGAUAUACCUGCAGAUGAGGAUGUAGCUGCAGAUGAGGAUGUAGCUGAAGGUGACUCAGAUGAGGAGGGCGCUUCAGGUGACACAGGAAUCGCAGGCAUGGCAGGAUCUGUGAGUUUGGCAGGAGCCUCAGGUGAGGCAGGGUCUCCAGGUGAGGAAGCUGUGGGUAUGGCAGGAGCCCCAGGACAGGCAGGAGCCUGGAACCAGCAAUGGAGGCAGGCUCUGCAGCCUCUGCUGGAAAAUAUGGCCUAUCAGGAACUGAGAUCCUUUUCUGGCCUGGACGAGCCAAGCCACCAGCAGGAGUCCUUUGAGAGCUGGCUGGACCACGCCAACGACAUGCUGUACCUGUGGCGCCACGUAUCGGAAAGGGAGCGGCAGCGGCGGCUGGUGGAGAGCCUGCAUGGGCCCGCUCUGGAUCUGGUGAGUGACAUCCUGAAUGAAAAUGCUGAAAUCACAGCCCAGGACUGCCUGGCCACGCUGAUUCAGGUGUUUGGGAACAAGGACAACCGAGCAACCGCGCGGCUGAGGUUCAUAACUUGUGCCCAGCGGCCCCAGGAAACUCUCUUUGCCUAUGUGAUGCGCCUGGAAGACCUGCUGCAGGAGGCCAUAGAGAAAGGGGCCAUCCAACCCUCCAGCGCAGACCAGAUGCGUGCCAGGCAGGUGCUGAUGUGGGCUCGCCCCAAUGAAAUUCUCUGGAACAAGCUGAGAAGGAUGCGCCUGGAGAGGAGACCACCUGGCUUUCUGGGGAUGCUCCGGCUCAUUCGGGAGUCAGAGGCAUGGGAGGCCACUCCCACUACGAGCCAGCAGCAGUUUCCAGUGGAAGAAGGGCCCUGGAUGGACAUUGAAGAUUUGGCUGCUGCCCAGGCUGCUCUAGCCUGUGAAGAUGCCCAGGCCGCUCUGUUUUUUGAAGAUGUUGGCCUGGCCUCUGCAGCCUAUGAAGGUGCUGCUCAGGCCACCCCACCCUGUGAAAAUGCCGCUCAAGCUGCCAUUUUCUGGGAAAACGCAGUGGCCGUUGAGGCGGGCCCUUCCACUGCCCAUCCUGAUGAGGCUGGCCCUUCCACUGCCCAUCCUGAUGAGGCUGGCCCUUCCACUGCCCAUCCUGAUCAGGCGGGCCCUGCCACUGCCCAUCCUGAUGAGGCGGGCCCUGCCACUGCCGAUCCUGAUCAGGCGGGCCCUGCCACUGCCGAUCCUGAUGAGGCGGGCCCUGCCACUGCCGAUCCUGAUGAGGCGGGCCCUGCCACUGCCGAUCCUGAUGAGGCUGGCCCUGCCACUGCCGAUCUUGAUGAGGCUGGCCCUGCCACUGCCGAUCCUGAUGAGGCGGGCCCUGCCACUGCCGAUCCUGAUGAGGCGGGCCCUGCCACUGCCGAUCCUGAUGAGGCGGGCCCUGCCACUGCCGAUCCUGAUGAGGCGGGCCCUGCCACUGCCGAUCCUGAUGAGGCGGGCCCUGCCACUGCCGAUCCUGAUGAGGCGGGCCCUGCCACUGCCGAUCCUGAUGAGGCGGGCCCUGCCACUGCCGAUCCUGAUGAGGCGGGCCCUGCCACUGCCGAUCCUGAUGAGGCGGGCCCUGCCACUGCCGAUCCUGAUGAGGCGGGCCCUGCCACUGCCGAUCCUGAUGAGGCGGGCCCUGCCACUGCCGAUCCUGAUGAGGCGGGCCCUGCCACUGCCGAUCCUGAUGAGGCGGGCCCUGCCACUGCCGAUCCUGAUGAGGCGGGCCCUGCCACUGCCGAUCCUGAUGAGGCGGGCCCUGCCACUGCCGAUCCUGAUGAGGCGGGUCCUGCCACUGCCGAUCCUGAUGAGGCGGGUCCUGCCACUGCCGAUCCUGAUGAGGCGGGUCCUGCCACUGCCGAUCCUGAUGAGGCUGCUCCUGAAACCGGAGGUGCCACUGGGGCAGACCCUGCCCCUGAGGAUACCACCAAGGCCUCCCCUGCCAUUCAGGGAGAUGAGAGUGCUCUGGCUCCUGCAGGUCUAGGUCAGGCAGGGCCCUCGCCUGCCCACAUGGGCAUUGCUUUCAGGGUGGGCUCAGGAAGUCCUGGCAGUGACCCAGAGGAACUGUCCCAGGAAGAAGAUGAGGAGGCUGACGAGCCCCACGAGGAGGAGCGCAUUCUCUUCCAGGAGGAGUCAGAAAGUGACGACGGGCUUGGGGACAUGAGUUCCCCCGAGCCCUCCUUCAAGUAA